AAAGUAUAUUACUCAGGCGAUGUGUAACGUGUGAAUAUUUUAAUUAAAAAAUUUUCAGGUCAAGUUAACAAUAUUUUUUUUUGUUAUUACGACUUUUUUCUCCUUUUUCGUUAAACCGUUGUUUUGAAUGGAAGACCUAGGGCCUAUAAAUGUCGACAGCAAGGGCAAUGAUAAAUAUUAUUGUACAAGCUACGUGUAAGUAAGGGUAUUUGAAGGUUGUAGACCGGUAGUUGAAUAUUAGCAAUAAUUGUCGUGUUUUGGAAACCACCAACCCAAGAUGAUCAGUUGAAACGAAAAGUCAUUUACCUCAUUUGGAGAGGAAAUGUUCACAAUGGAGAAAUCAAAAUGGCAACAAAUAUAUUUCGAUUUACAUAGCAAUUUCUCAGGGGCAAAAACCAAUAAAUAUUUUUUCACUACUGUAAGAAAAUAUUUAUUUUAUACAACAUGUAGACAUUUUGGUCUACCAUAGGAAUGUAUUAAACUAUUUUUUCCCUGCAAGUUAGAACAACUGUAGUACAAGUAAGUAACGGGUUAUGCCUUACAUUUUUCAUACUGUAUCAAAUUUAUGUUGAAAUAGGAACAGGAAUACUUUAUAUUUAUCUACAAAUAUAUUUGUAAAUACAUAAAUUUUCGUAUAUUCACAAUUGCAGCACAACAUAUAUUAAUUUUUUCAAAAUAGUAUACUGUACAAAGACAUUGUCAUGUUUUAACAAUAGUUUAGCUAGCUGGUUUUGUUGUGAUCUAUGUAACAUACCAAAGAAAUAAACCCCAUUAUAUAUAUGAAACAAAAAGCAUUAAUCAUGUGACUUGUUGAAGACAUGCACUUUGAAAAUUGAUUCUAGCAUGUAAAGGAAGAAUUGAGUUGCAUUACAAGAAUAAAUCAAUCGUCCACUGAUAGUUCGUCCAAUCAAGUAAGGAAACAAUAUAGUUAUUAAAGUCCAUCUUUGAUUAAGAAUGAAUCAGAAUGAGGGAAACAACCCAAAUCUGGAGAAAGCAAGUUUCCCCCUGUACCAUUUGAAGAAAAGCAAAAUGGUGCGUGUAGCUGGCAGACAGCCAGAACAUGCCCAGGUAGCAAGUGAAGGGGCGGAUCAGUUAGAGCUUGUGGGGAGUAGCAGUGAGUUAGUUAGUGAUAGAGAGAGGGAGAGUAGUGCAAGGGAUGUUGUUUCUGGCUUAGCAUCAGCACCGUCAAGUGGAGAUGCACUCAUCAACCCUCUGCUCUCUAUGGGCUUCCAUUUGCCACAGUUGGCACGUAUGAUGAAACAGCAACAGCAGCAGAACCAAUCCCUAUCCUCCUCCAACCCAUCAUCUGUGAUCAAUACGGUCCUGUUUCCUCAAUCGCUCUCCUCUGUUGCUUCAGACAAGUGGCCGACGGGGCGACCACCGGCUACCACUUCACAAGAUGGUGUUCAAAAAGGAACGAUAAUGAGUGCAUCUGGGGUGUAUCGGUCUGCAUCUGCAGUCAUGGUUUCCGGGAAGGAUGGCCAGGGGCCUACUUCAUCGGCGGUUGGGAAAACCUUUGGUUGUCACUUGUGCAAAGACUGGUUUUUUUCUCGAGAGAAGUUCAUCAUGCAUUUGGUGAUGAACCACAAGAUGCUGCAGUGUCGCUUUUGCUCGGAUUUGUUUGAGACGUCUGACAUGCGUGAAACUCACGAGGCCAUGAAUCAUCUUCCUUUGGAAUGUGAUGCCUGCAAGUGUGUGUGUCCAUCGCGGGAAGAGCUUGCAGAACAUUAUGAAGACAGGCAUAACAUGUGUACAUGCCAGUUUUGUGGUGUUGUGUUGAAUCCAAAGUCAUAUUACAAUACUCACGCUCGUAAAAAACAUUUUGUUACUUGUGAUGAUGCAUUAAAAAAUAAUAAAGUACGGAUUGUUAAAAAGUGGAGUAACGAGACUUCAGUAUGGACAUUUGUUUGCUAUCUUUGUGAUAAAGAAAGGAAGAAGGUGGAAACAUUUGGGCAUUUUUUUUCAUACCACCGUUGUUCUUUGAUUUGUCUCUUAGAUUUGUUGGCCACAGAAAAUAUGGUGUUUUCCGUGCAAGGGACUCCAGCUUCAUCAUCGUUAAAUUUACAGUCUUUACAGCUGGAGUCCCCUGUAGAAGACACUGCCAACACUAAUGCCUCACAUAACUCUGUGUCAUCUACUAGUGGAAAUGAUUCUCACCCAGAGAGUUCAUUAUGCUCUAUUUGUACAGUUCCCUUCUCAGCUCAAGUGCCAAAAUCUGCUCAUGACUUCUUUUGCCAAGGGUAUAUACUAUGUAAAUUUUGUAAUGAAACAUUUUCCAGUAAAGCAGUAAGAAGCAGUCACAUUUCCAGCAAUCAUGCAAAUUUUUCUUGCGUAGUUGGCUGUCCUGAAGAAAUUGUUUUCCCAACAGAGGCUGACCUUGAAGAGCAUUAUCAGGAUCAGCACGAAAUCAAAGAAUGCCCUUAUUGCCAAGCUCUUGUAUCAACAAGUGAGAACAAAUUCCAAGAUCACCUAAGGUCGGUACAUGUUCUCACUGACAAUAGUGUUUCAUCUAAUGGCUUUGUAAGCAAUACUGAUCAUUUAAACUUUUUAUUUAAAGUAGUCAGGAAAGGUAACUGUCUGGCAGUAGUGUGUUGCCUCUGCUACUCAGACUUGACUUCAUUGGCAAAAAAUAUUAUUAAUUUGUUCAAACAUUUUCACUAUCACAAAAUUAUUGUUCAGUCAGCUGUGCAUCUAAUGGAAAUUGACGCUCUAAUGUAUGUGAAGAAUACCUCUGUCGAUGAUCAGGAAAUUAAUUUUGUGGGGGUAGAUGAGCAUGCAACAGCAUGGGGAGAGUUGGUUAAAUGUCUGGGGAGUCCUGAGCAAAGUACUAGUGCAAAAAAUUCAAGGCCAGCAAAUGAACCAGAAAGGGAUGAUGAUAAUAAUGAAGAACAAAACAAGGUACCCUGUAGUUCUCAGCUUAAAGGAAAAGGCAAAAAAGGUAGUAAGUCAUCAAAAGACUCUGAAUUAGAGGAAUCAAAACCAGACACAUUAGAUAGUAAUCAAGGUCAGACAGACUCUCUUAGUGAUGCAAGCUCAGAUGACGAUUCUCUGACUGGAUCUGAUGCAGAAAAUGAGCAAGGGGAGUUCAGUGACUGUGGUAUAGUUACAGACCUGGCAAACGAACCUAUCGAGGCAGAAAUUGACCCCUCAGAGGUGGAAUGUGUGAUAAAUGAGACAAGUGAUGAGGAGAUGGGUGGUGAUGAUGAAACACAAGAGGGGAGUGGGUUCCUCUCAGAGCUGCAAGUAAAACAGGAAGGACUUGAUGCUGUGUUAGACAGUUUGGUUAAUGAAGCAAAUUCUCAGUCUAUGUCUCAGCCCUUGGAAUUGGCAUUGGAAGAACACAUGAAGCAGAUCUUCGACAACAGCAAAACAGAUACUAGUGGUCCUCGUACACUCAAUGGUGAAAGUUGGACAGGUCCCAGUGCUAACCUUCCUGGUGGAGAAGUUAAACAAGAACCCCAAGACGUGUUGGAAGAUGCUCUAGUGCUAUCUGGAAAUGAAAUUACAACAUUAAACAAAAAUGGGAAAAUUCAGAGGAAGAAAUUCACCUGUGAUAUUUGUUUGCGAAAUUUUAUGUUGGAAACAGACUUGUCUCAACAUCUUGGCAGUGUUCAUAACUUUUCCAUCAUGCCGUUUGCGGACAAAAACAAGUUCAAAUGCAUAGAAAGUUGCGGAAAAGUGUUCAUUUCCAAAACGUCUUUGGAUGUUCACAAAAUGGAAGCGCACAAUAAUGCCAAAGUCUGUACUCUAUCAUUCCAAUGCCCGUUUUGCAGCAUUCGCUCACAAACCAAAGUGUCUAUCAGGCAGCAUGUGUUCAGUUGCCAUGGCAGCAUACUCGUGCAGAGUCCACCGUGCAAACCUCUGGCGUACCGCUGCCGCUGCUGCAGCGAGGAGUUUUGGAAAGUGGAGGACCGCAACAAGCACCAGUUGGCUGAGCAUUCCGACACCAUUGAUAGUUUCUUCAAGUGCUACAUUUGUUUCCAGUCCUUUACCAGCAAGGUAUGCUUGAACAGACACAUGCGUUCAUCUCACGAAGGUCAGCUUGUUUACCCAUAUGUGUCGUAUAAGUGCAAAUUGUGCCUUGUUAUGUACCCUGCGAUUCCUCGUCUAAGAAAGCAUUUUCAGGACUCGCAUCCUGCAGCACUUAUUUACUUAUGUAGACAUUGCAAUCUCACGCUGAAGACCAAGAAAACACUUAAAACGCACAUUAAGAAUGUCCACUCGGAGUCUCGUCGUCGGGAAUGUAGCCUUUGUGGAAAAGUUCUCUGGAGCAAACGAGCAUAUGCUAUUCACUUCAGAAUGAAGCAUAGUGCUGUAUCAAAAGUGGGUUUUCGCUGUCGUCUAUGCCAGAGCAAGUUUGAUUCCAAAGAUGAAAGGAAGUUACACUACCAGUUGGAUCAUGAAGGAGAAAGUCCAUACCGCUGCUCUCAGUGUGGUAAAGGGUUUGCUUCCAAAUCCGGGAUGUACGGCCAUAGACAGCUCCACACUGGUUCAGGAGAGAGCACUUGUGGCUACUGUGGCAAGGCCUUUAAACGCAAGGACAGUUACAAUGAACACCUCUUGAUCCACAAUGGACCACGCCACAAGUGUCCUCAUUGCCCUAAGGAGUUUGUGCAGCGAUCUAAUCUCGUACGACAUAUCCGAAUCCAUACAGGAGAAAAGCCUUACAAGUGCCUUUACUGUGACAAGUGUUUCUCCGACAAGGGAGCAUGCAACUCUCAUAUACGUGUGCACACAGGGGAGGAGAAUUGUGCCUGUCCUUUUUGUGGACAAAAAUUCUCAAAGAAGCAGAAGCUGAAAUAUCAUGUCAGAAAACAUACUGGAGAAGGUUUGAUAAACUGUGAGAUAUGUAGUAAGUCUUUCACCAACAGCUUUGCUUUGAAGGAACAUCGUGUCAUUCACAAUCGUCAAACUCAGAUCUUAUGCAGGCGCUGUGGAAAAGGUUUUAAUAGUGAAAAGUACCUUCAGCGUCACGUUGCCAUAGUGCAUGAGCCUACCCAGAUCUUCAACUGCCCUUUGUGUCCAAAAGCAUUUUCACAGCCUGGGCGAGUGAAGGCUCACAUCAUGACCCAUGCAGGUGUAAAGCACAUGAAAUGCCUGCUUUGCGACAAAGAAUAUUCGGUGCGCAAAUCUUUACGUCGCCAUCUUUUAGAAAAACACGAUGUUGCACCCGAUCACCCACAUUAUAAACGUUGCUUUUAUGCCAUGUCACCUGAGGAGGCUGGCCUCUGCAUUCCCAACGAUAUGGUAGCCAGUACAGUCGCUGCCGGUGGUGGUGCCGUCAGCCUUCUGUUGGCUCAGGCUAGCCUAAGUGAGCCCCGAGGUAAGAGAGGUAUGAAGAAGUCUUCGUACGGCAGGAGGAAGUGUGACGACCACAUGAAAGUUGUCAGCAGAAGGGGUGGGCGGGGCGGGAGGGGUAGCCGGGGUAGGCCACCUGGUAGUCGUGGGAGCAGAGGGGGAAGAGGUGGACGGCGGAAGAGGGGUCAGGCAUAUUACGCGAGGCUGCCAGAACCUGUGGGAUCACGAGAUCCACACGAUCCUUCAGCUUCAGGUAGUAGCACUAGUCGCGUCCUUCGUAAGAAACCCCAGUUAAAGGAUUUAUUCAAAGAACUGAGUGACUCGGAAGAAGAUGAUAGUGAAGAUGACAAAUCUUGCAGUAGCUAUGAGUAUAUGCAAACAAAUUUUAAAAACGCAAUAGUUGACACUGAUUUCAGUGUAGAUAUGCAAGAAGUGGAAGAAAACAAGGAAGGAACUCCGACACUUCUUGACCUGGUAGGUGUUGAACCAGUGAAGAAGAAACGGCGUGUGGAAGCAAUUGUAGAACUGCUUCAAAAAUGUAGCUCUGGUCCUCUGGGAGAAACACUGCCAGGAUUAAAGAGGAGAGAAAUAAGGUCAAAUGAAAAUGAAAAUAAUGAUGAAAUGGAUUCUGAAAAUAUUAAUAAUGAUUUGCAAGAUGAGUCAAAAAUUCAGUCUUCUGGAAUAAAAGAAAUUAGCAGUAAGACAACAAAUGCAGAUAAAGAAGCUAUUAAAAAUACAAUAUUUGUAAAAAAUAAAUCUAAAGAAAACAAGCUGGUGAAUGAUGUAAUUGCUGAAAAUGAGUUGCUGAGUGAUGAUUUGGAAGAUGAACCGGAGGAACCUACAGAAUCUACAAGCAUUUUGGCACAAAAAUCUAAAAACAGAAAUAAUGCAAAUGAAGAAAGUCUAGUGAAAAAAUGUGUAUUUGAAGUAACAAGAAGUAGUGAGGAAGAGAGGAAAAGAAAACUGGAAAGGCGAGCAAGGGGAGAAGAUGUAGAAACAAAGAGAAAAGAAACUGUAGAUGUGAAUGAUUCCGGUGAACAUCAGGAAGAGGAUGAUAACACACCGGUGCUAGCUCGAAUUAGUGCUCUGAUUAGGCCUAGUAAUAGAACAAAAUCGGGGGAAAUUAGCUGUUUGACAUAUAGGUAUCAGAAGCCAUCAUAUAGAGAAGAGGAUGAAGUUGAUGAUGAAGAUGAUGAUGACGAUGAUGAUGACGAUGACGAUGAUGACGACGAUGACGACGACGAUGAUGAUGACGACGACGAUGAGGAUGAUGACGAUGACGAUACUUAUGGAGACAAUAGAGAAGCAGUAGGAGAGGAUGGCACUGAUAAGUCUUCAGAUGAAAGUGAUAGUGAAUCUGGUGUUUAGAAAUCUGGAUCAUGUUGGUUAGAUUAUUUCUAUAAUAUUCCGUAUAGUAACCAAGUGAUACAUUGACUAAUGCCAGAGUGAGAAGGUUAGUUAAACCUGAUUCAAGUCUAGUCAUGUGGCCACUAUCCCACUGCCAUAAAUCUGUUGUACUCCAAAGUGUUCACAAACAUCUUGCAUCAUUUUAUAACUGACUUCAAGCAAGCUUUUAUUCAGUGCUUUUUUUUUACUUCGCAUUGACAACUAUAAAGUCACUGAAUAUGAGUGCAGCAAGGGAGGUUGGUGGGUCCUGUCUAAUCUGUUAGCCUGUCGCCUAAUUUUUUUUAGCCAGUAAAGACAGUUGCAGUUGAACUUCAGUUUGCCACUCUGGGGUGGGAUUGGAAAUAAUUAUUUUUAGAACUAUGAAUUUGCAACAAGAUGGGCUGAUAUCAUUUUAUGGAAUUUAUAACUGAAGAUAUUUACUAGCAAUUAAAAAAAAAACUUCAGUAAAGUAAUCGUUAGCUAGAAAUUUUACUGUCAAUUUCUUUUCUAACUAUGGUGAGUGGUUUUGUUCUUAUUAAAUAGUUACUGUGUGUAGCUGUAUUGUUGCACUCAGUAUGCAUAUAGGUAACCUGAGUUGUAUGGGUGGUAUUUCCAUGCAGGAAAACAUUCCCAGUAAUUUUAUUGUUGAAUUAUUUUGCAGUUGUUGUAACAUAUAUACCAUAUUCAAGUUAAAAGUCUGACUUUAAAGGUACCAUUACAUUAUAACAGCUUAGGUUUAUGUUGAGAACACAAGAAUAGGUGGGAACAUAUUUUAAGGGACUAUUUCAUGAUAAAUAACCAUCUACAUUAUUGAUCAGUAUUCAUAUUUUAUCUGACUUUUAACACAUUAAAAUAUAACUUUUGAGAUGUAAUAGAUCAGAUGAAUUACAUUUUCUAAUUGUCUUUCUUACCAUUACUUGAGAAGUGUGUCUUGUCAAAUGUUGUUGUAAAUAGACUUUGCAUUAUUGGCCCAGAUUGUGCUCAGGUUAUUUUUGUUACCACUUUCAGUUUAAAAUAGCGUUAAUUAUUGUAGGGAAUGGAUAUGAAAUGUGUGUAAUUGUGACACUACAAUAUAGAAUACUUUAUUUAAAAGUGCGGCGACUAACGUAAUUUAUUGACUAUGUGUACGUCAUAAAGUUUAGUUGAAUACCAAAGUUUUUCUUGAUAUUUAAUGAAUUAGUUGCUUUUCAAUCGAAAACCUAGAUUUCCUUGCCAGGCAUGGAAAAAAUGAUGCUGUAAUUUACUGUGGAACUGCCUUAGUUGGCUAUCUGUAUAUUUGAUCCUGUUUUACUUUAAAGGCUUUCAGUUUCUAACAGAUAGAUACAUAUGUAAUUUAUAUAUAUUUACUCUUAUAGUAAAUUUUAUAUUUAUAAAUAAAAUUUACUGGUGGAGUAAAAAGUAUUCAGCUUAGCAAUUGAAUAAGACUUUUAAAAUUCAUCUUCCUUCACAAAAUUUACCAGUUAAUUGGCAAUGUACAUAUUACCAGUUAAUUGGCAAUGUACAUAUUUCAAGUUAUGAGACAUUUAAAGAGAUGACGAUAAAAUUGUUCCUGUUAGUUUAUAACUUUCAUGGAAAGUCCAACUUAGUUACAAAAUCAUCUAAGUAGUGUGUAUGAUUUUUUCUGACAGUACCUGGUAAAAGUCAAGUUGAUUCUCCAGUGCUGUUGUUUACUUUGUACCUUAACUUCAGUAAAGUACCUAAAUUUCAGUAAAGUAAUUGAGAAUCUUAAUUUACACUACUAUUGUUAGUUUAGGUGUGUGUGUGUGUGUGUAAUUUUUUAUUACACACAUUAAUACAUUACCUGAAAAUAUUACCUAAUUGGCAAGCAUCAUCCAUAUUUCCCUUAGACCUACUAUGUAAAACAAAUUUGCCUGAUUUUUAUGUAUUGAAAUAUUGUUUUGCCAGAUGGAUUACUGGAAGCCUAUUAAAGUGUUCAGUUUAAGUGUUGUGUAUUUUUAUCUGUAAAUCAUGUUUCAAAAUCCAUAACAGCUAGGAUUUUCAUAAAAAUUUCUCUGUAAUUACUAUACUGUACCUAUAAGAAUACUUUGACAAAGCAUGCAUAUGUAUACAAACACUCAUGUGUGCAUACACACUUGCUGUACUGUCCUAAUAAUAAGUUGUAUCACAUUUGUAGUAUAUAAUAUUUUUACCUCAUCUCAAAUGCAACUGGCAAGGAAUUACUUUAUUUAGCUGUGGUUAUCUCUAUUAGAAUCUGCUUUUCUGACAUUUUAGCUAACUGUUUGUGUAUGGAUUUUGUCACUUUGUCAUUUGAAAAAACUUAUAUAUCUGUUUCCACACACAAAAUUGUUUGGGGUAUUUUACUCAGUAUUGUUAUUAUUUAAUCACCACUGUGUUAAUGUAUUACUAAUGAAACCAAGGCUAUGUAAUUGACAAGCCUGUGUUUGCUUAUGUGAAGACAGAAUUAAUUGGGGCUGCAUUUGAAGCUUGGCUAGUGCUCUGUGGGCAGUGGACAACUGUAUGGCUGUGAGAGUUCACACUUCUUUAUUAAACAUUGUGCUUUACCAUAAAAAAAUUUAAAAAAAUUCCAUAAAUAGAGAGAUGGUGCAUCAUUUGAUGAAAACCUGCAUGAAAUAUAUAGCAGAUAAUAUCUGGUGCAGAAAGUAACAACAUAGGUAACAUGCCAUUGCUAAACAGUGAAACUUUCAUACAAAUCACAAUAAAAUAAAACUUACGAUCAUGCUCAGUCUCAUGCUGAGUCGAUUAUUUUCUUUUCUUGUGAUUAUUAUUAAUUAAUGGAAUUUUUUUAAAAUAAUAUUAUAAUAAUUCUUGUGCAUUUAUCAUUGGUUAACAAAUUUUGUCACUAAAUAUUUACGUUAGUUCCGAGCUGUAAAAGGUCACACAAUUGAUCAUAAUUACGAACAUUUGCAUGACUGACCACUGUUAUUAGAUGAUAUUUAGUAAAUAUCUGGUGACAAAAUUUGUGACCACCAAAAAGUGCAAGAGAUUAUUGUGAUGAAUAACAGAAAAAGCCCUUAAAUAAUAGUAAUGAUAAUAAAAUGAAAUAAUCAGCAUGGCGUUUGAGAGCAAGCCGUAAAAUGCAAUAACACGACGUGGAGAUUAUGUAGAGCCUUAAAAUAAGCCUCCCAUGUGCAUAAAGUAGGGUUUGAUUUGUAAUUAUAAUAAAAAUUACUGAUAUCUAAAUUUCUUGAUUGGUGAAAACAACUGCACAAGUCAAAAUAAAGCAUGACAAAUGCUGUCACAAAAAACAGCUCUUGAGGUCAUAUUGACUGGAAGAAGUUCAAAUCAGAUUCAUUCUUAAAUGCAUCCCACCAAAUUCUUAAAAUCCAUUAAAUAAAUUCAGAUCAGCUGAUUAAGAUACCUGUUUGAAAAAAUUAAUGGCAUUAGCAGUAGUAGUUGAUUAGCCAUCCAUCAAGAUACAAGUCAAAUCUAUUUAAGUCAGCUCUUGAUUCUACAACUCUUAAUAGUUCCCAGGAACUAUUUUUAAAGGGUCACUAUUAGAUUUUGGACCAAUUUUGACCUUUCCCUGACCAUUUUAUUCGAAAACCACAUACGUGUGAAGUUAUGUUCAACACAAUCUAGCAUGAAUAUGAGACAUGGUUUUUUUUUAAAAUAAGAAUUAAUUUUUGUCAAAUAUCUUGCAAACAAAGUUGUAGCCUGAAGGGGAUAUUAUCCUAAAUUAGUUUGUUUUAAUAUUUUGUGUUUUUACACAUGAUUUUUAAAUAAAUUCACAAUAUAUAUGAAUAUUUGAUGGUUUGUAAAAUGUUUUUUGUACUGAACAACUUCUUAUUUAAUAGUUUCUACUAAUUUUAAGGCAAAUUUUUAUGUCAAUCCUAUUAUGUACAAAAAUCAUGAAAUGUAUACAUUUCUUGAUUAAUCAUUAGCUCAUAGCUGCCAUAAAACUUUUUUUUAUUCAUAAAUCAAUAAAAAUUAGGUUUUGUCAACAUCGUAUAAACCUUAGUUUUUCAGGGUUUUUGGAAAAACCUAAUUUAUUGUAUUAUGAAUGAUAUAGGCCUACUAAAAAUAAAGAGUUUUAUGAUGAAGGCUAUAAACUAACGGUUAAUUCAAAACUGUAUACCAAAUGAUUUCAUGCUUUCUGUACAUGCUAGGACUGAUUAAAAACUUUCCUUAUAUCAGGUUUGCCUGAUAUAAAAACUUGAUGGUAAAAACUAUUAAUAAGGAAUUGUUUAGUAGAAAAAAAUCAUUUACAAACAAUUAAAUAUGGACAUAUUCUGAAUUUAUGAAAAACCACGUGUAAAAAUGCAAAAUAAUAAAAGCAAAAUAGUUUAGGAUGCCAACCCCUUAACACUGUACUCUGUGUACAUAUUAAUGAACUCACGCGAAGGUCAUUUUCAUCGGCUUGUGGAAAACUAAGGGGAUUUAUUACUAAGCAUUAGCAUAUUAUUUCAGGUCUAUUUCCCAGUCCUUGCAGCUUUAAAUAUCUGUGAGGUAGAAGAGGGGAAAGGUGUGAGACGCAAUGCGGAAAGUGAAAGAAAGGCCGUGAUAGGAAGGUGGGCUUUUGUUGGUACAGAUAUAAGAACCCUAACGACUUCAGAUUACAUUGUGCAUAUUUGACGUCAAGUUCUCUCACACGUCGUACAUGUGGCAGUCACCAUCACUGCAACUGCCACUGCCCAGGCAUGAAUGUGCCUCUCUGCGGAGACAGGUACCUUUUAUUAGGACAUGGCAGAGUGAAAGUUAAAACAGCAGUAAGCAGUCACGGACUUAGGGGUUGUACCAUUUGAUACCUGUUGUAACUCACAAAUGUUUAAAGUAAACAUGUUACACAUGGAAAAAUCUUAGAAUAUUUACCUACAAACAUUUGAAACAGAAUGACGAUGCUCCGUAAAUGCAUAAACUGACUCACUAUCACACGACAUUCAUGUGUCCACGUGCAGUUUUCUCAAUACUAAUACUGCUGGAAUAAAGUUCAGACAGACAGCUGCACCUGUUAGCUAGUUGAAUAUAAAUAUAUUGUUACGAUUUACCGUGGGUUCGUAAAGGAUAGUCCAAUUAAUGGUUUUUUACACUACACAGUUUUAUUGAUGGCCACUACUUAUGUCACUUACAAUUAAUCUUAUAAAAUGGCAAAUAAUCAAUUGCACUUAAAAAUGUUGCUUCCCCAGUCACUCGUUUUCACACACCGCACACCUCGCUGGGCCGCACUUUGGGAGCAACUCUCGCCGCAGCAUCCCUGUGGGUCUCCGCCGCCGACGCACUUGCCUUCGCCGAGGAGCCGCUCAACACCUCGCUCGGAACUUCGCUGGGGACUCCGCUGCGUCCGCGACACUAUCGCCCAAAACUGAACUCUUCACCCUGGAACCUUCGUCCAGGGACUUUGCCACUCUGCCGCACACGCAACACUAUCGCCCCGGAAACUCAGCCGGGGGAGAACUCCCGACUGAACUCUGACUUUCAACUCCACUGCUCUCUCUAGGCCGGCGUCCCGGGCACAUGUAUAUAGGCCCAGACACCUUCCAGAACUCCCGAGCGCGGCUGGGGCCAGUCGCGUUAUUCCGCGUCGUCCUGGCGGCAGAAAUCUCUCGAAACACGUGUCGGCGGCUCGCGUAACUCCGCAGCUGUAAGGUGUCGGUUACGUGUCAAAGGCAGGGCACCGCGCGGGGAGUGGAGGGAAGGAGGGGGGAAAGCGACAAUCCUUGUAAUCUUUGCAUGUUGCGGCAGCUGCCAGCCAGCUCUGCGUCUGCACGUGUCGCGGCCUUGCUCACAUUCGUAACAUUGCCCCCUCCUUAAACCUGUUUGUCCCAAACAGGUAACACUGCGCUGCUGUGAGCCAUGCAGCGAAGCCACCCUACACAGCGGGCAGGUGUACUGAAUAUGGCCCACUUCCUGACACAUGUAACAUCGCAGCCAUCCUCUGACUUCUCGGGUCCAUAGGCCAGCUUUGCGGUGACUAUGGGUCUUGCUCUUCCGCCCUUGCUUCUGUGGCGCUUCCCUUUCCAUUAGGCAACCCCGCUGAACACGUUCCCAUGCUGGGCACCUCCCUGGAGAAUGCCCUUGUCGGCACGCAGAAACAGAACACCGUAGGCGACUUCCCGUUCCUUUAACCAGUGAGUUACCACCCUCCUUAAUCCCACUGUCACAUCAAUGUCCUUCCUCCUUCGGCUUCUUCACACGAUUCGGGCAGUCACGUUGGACGUGCCCUCUUUCUCGACACGCGUAACAUCGUGGGCGACCUCUUCUCCAUCGGACCGGUAGACUCUUCUUCUGUUUGAUCGUUGUUUCACAGCGUUGUACUUCUCCCUUGGGCUUCCUACCACGAUUCGGACACUCGCGCCGGUUGUGUCCUAGUUCUUUGCAGACGAAGCACCGCUGUUUUCCCCUUGUUUUCUGAAACUGUGAUCCAUUCAACAGCUUCCUCAGUGUUCCAAGUAUAAUCUCUUCGUUAGUAUCUGAGCAGCUAUUCACAUGGUGGUAAGGUUCUAACAUGGCCUGUCUCGCUCUGAUACUCAUGCUUCUUGAGACAAAGCAGGCACCUUCGAUUUCCAGGGCGUGAACAAGAGCAUCGCGAAUGUUUUUGUGGCGGGCCAAAUGAAGAGUUUUCUGAACCUCCACAUCUCUAAGCCCGUUUAUAAAAGCACUGGUGGCUAGCAGUUGAUGGAACUGUUGGUGCUUCUGGGUAGGCGAGGUGCACGAGUCGCUCGAUGUCGGCUUCGAACUCUUGGAGGGUUUCCGAAUAUCUCUGUUGACGUGUCUUCAGGGCUGUUCUGUACACCUCGCCCAUGUGUCGGUCGCCAUACCUCAACUCAAGGGCGGCUACUAAUACCCCAUAUUCUUUCUGGUCUGGAACUGGUAUGGUCUGCAGCAGCUCUAGUGGAGAUUCUCGCAGGGCCAAGACGAGUGGCGUAGCCUUUUCUUCAUCAUCCCAGCCAUUCAUUUCAGCAGCUGCCUCGAACUGUCGCCUGUAGACAGUCCACGACGAUUGCCCAUCAAAGGUGGGUGGCUUUAAUUUUGGGUGACUGGUUGCGCCUUCCACCUUCACAUCUCCAGAAUAACUGCUCCUAUUCGUACCCGAUGCAGCUUCUUUGAUAAUCUGACGGCACUCUUCAGUUAGAGCUGCUACUUGCUGUUCAGUGGUCUGCUUGAUCUGAACUAGCUGUUGUGCCAUCAUUUCUUCAUGUUCGGCUAGCUGUUGCUAUUGUUCUGCAAGAUGCUGCUCGAAACACUGCACUUUGCCUUCCAAAUGGAUGCUAGUUUCAUCAAUCUUCUUCUUCAUUUCUUCUUGUGCAGCAACUAUUUCAUUUUGCAUCUCUUCUUGGUUUUUCUUGAUGUCUUCGAUCUCGGUCUUUAUAACAUUCUUCAUCUCUCGGCAGUUAUCAAUUUUAUUCUUCAUUUCUUCCUGGCCACUCACUCUUCAUCUCGUCCAGCCUAUUUUCCAUUUUCUCCUGGCUACUCUUCAUUUCUUCCCUGUUACUCUUCAUUUCAUUCUUUAUUUCUUCCCUGUUACUCUUCAUUUCAUUCUUUAUUUCUUCCCUGUUACUCUUCAUUUCAUUCUUUAUUUCUUCCCUGUUACUCUUCAUUUCAUUCUUUAUUUCUUCCCUGUUACUCUUCAUUUCAUUCUUUAUUUAUUCCCUAUUACUCUUCAUUUCAUUCUUUAUUUCUUCCCUGUUACUCUUCAUUUCAUUCUUUAUUUCUUCCCUGUUACUCUUCAUUUCAUUCUUCAUUUCUUCCUGGCCGUUAUCAAUUUUAUUCUUCAUUUCUUCUCUUAUUUCAGACAGGAACGACAUUAAAUUCUUUUGCUCGUCGGCAGCCAUCUUUCUUGUCCACAUUUACUACAAGCCUAACACUAAACUCUUAGGAUGACAAAGUAAUUUCCUCAACGAGCUAACCAAAACCCCUACUAAACACUAACACUAAUUUCCAAACUACUACACUAAAAACUAACUACAGUUCCUAACACUUGUUGCAAUCUCAAAAAUCUAAUUAAAUUUUAAUGCACUAUAAACUAAUGCUAAAUUCUUUAAAUUAGGGCUAUCCCACUUAUGACACCAAAAUAUUACGAUUUACCGCGGGUUGGUAAAGGAUAGUCCAAUUAAUAGAUUUUAUUACACUACACAGUUUUAUUGAUGGCCACUACUUAUGUCACUUACAAUUAAUCUUAUAAAAUGGCAAAUAAUCAAUUGCACUUAAAAAUGUUGCUUCCCCAGUCACUCGUUUUCACACACCGCACACCUCGCUGGGCCGCACUUUGGGAGCAACUCUCGCCGCAGCAUCCCUGUGGGUCUCCGCCGCCGACGCACUUGCCUUCGCCGAGGAGCCGCUCAACGCCUCGCUCGGAACUUCGCUGGGGACUCCGCUGCGUCCGCGACACUAUCGCCCGGAACCGAACUCUUCGCCCUGGAACCUUCGUCCAGGGACUUUGCCACUCUGCCGCACACGCAACACUAUCGCCCCGGAAACUCAGCCGGGGGAGAACUCCCGACUGAACUCUGACUCUCAACUCCACUGCUCUCUCUAGGCAGGCGUCCCGGGCACAUGUAUAUAGGCCCAGACACCUUCCAGGACUCCCGAGCGCGGCCGGGGCCAGUCGCGUCAUUCCGCGUCGUCCUGGCGGCAGAAAUCUCUCGAAACACGUGUCGGCGGCUCGCGUAACUCCGCAGCUGUAAGGUGUCAGUUAUUUAUGUUAUGCACAAUCAUGUAGAAAAAUCUGAUAUGUUUGAUAAAUAUGCAAGAAAGAUAUCCCUUGUAUUACAUAUAAUUUAACUGGAGCCAUUUUACGAGAAUACAAACAUAAGGAGCAAGUAAAUUAUUUAAGAUUAUCAUUUCCAUUAUUUGUUAUCCCUAGUUAACUUUUAUUUGCAUACGGGUACUCUUUUCUUGGGCAAAUAAUUAACAUUCACAGAGGUCAGUCAACAGAAUUACUUUUAAAAAAAAUUACUCUCUAUGUGCUAAGUCAGAUUGUUUGUCAAUUUUCAGCCCAUUUUUUUUUUUUUUUUUUUUUUUUUUGGGUUUUCAGAAAAUGGAGUUUAACAUAAACUUAUCCCACUUCCUGUGAAUUUUUUUAUGUAUGUAUAGGAUGCACAUUUUACAUCACUGUAGUUUUUCACAGGCCACUCCUUUGCAAAUUUUAUGACUGCCUUUCCAGAUGGUAAUUUUGUAGGUUUCUUGUGUUUCUUUGAGUAAAACCUUUCAUUUAGUGGUGAUUUGUGUAACUAAGAUGCUGAAAUUUUUUUAAAUUUUAAGCUUAUGUGUUUCAUACUUUUACACAACCACUGCUCACAGUGUUUCCAUUGAAUAUGUUUGUAAAAUUAUCUCUGGUAUAUUAAUACAUUUAUUUUGCAGUGGAAACAGGUGUGGACUUAAGAACCAGCAUUAUCAAAUUUUGUAUAUAUAAUUUGACUAUUCAUAAAAGUAGGGGUUUAUUUGUUUUAAUUUAAUAAUUUACUGCAGUGAAUAUUGUUCAGAUAGUAGUAGUUCGAUAUACGUUCAGUGAAUUUAUGAUUAGAUGUAUUUGGAGGGGUAUAGUUGAAUAAAAAAAUUAAAAUAGAAGGUAGAUGACCAUUUGCAAAACAUUAAAUAGAAAUGUUUGCUACCAAAAGUACAUUUAUACUACCUUUAUGUUUUUUGUUAUGUUUGAAACAUUUAUUUUUAAAUAAUAUUGAAAAUUAUUACAUUUUAUGUAUCAGCUACAUUAAAAAGUAAAGAGGAAAAAUGAUAAAAUAGUCAAAUAAAAGUUUCCAAUUAACAGUUAUAUACAUUGAAUUUUUAAAACACAUAGAAUAUGGUCUUAAUAUACAGUUAGUUUUGACUGUAUGCAUGAAAGAAUAUGAAUCACCAGAGUAAUGAAAAAAAUCAAAUAACUUUUCGCAUGACAAUUGGCUGAAGUUUAUAUGCAAACAGUUGGCUAUUUGGAAAAAAUAUGGAAAUGGAGAAAUAGAUCAUAUUAAAUGAAUUUUCAGGAAAAUUAGUGUUCCCGAUUAAGUGGUCUCUAGUAGCAUGGUCAUACCAUACAAUUGAUAAAUUUUUAUACCGUAUUUGUGUGUAAAUUAAGAUAUAUAUAUAUGUAUUUGUAAAAUGAAUUCAUUUUGGUUUAGGUUUGUAUGUACAAUAUAUGAAUUUUUACUGUUGUAUAUCGUUUAUGUUAUUUCACAAUUAUUUUUGUUACAAUUUGUUUUAGUGGUUAUUUUGUGUUGUGUCAUUGUUCUUGUCUGGUAUACAUUUUAAUGAUUAUUGUUUUGAUUUUUGUAGUAUAAAAUUAAUUUCUUUGAAUGAAUUAACAUUAACUUUAUUUGUUGAAUUUGUUCAUGUAGCUGAUCAAUUUUUGUAGCGAAACUUGAUUUAUGAACUUUUGAGUAGUAGUGUUGCACUGCAUUUCUAUUUUUUGAGAACAAGCUUUUGUUUUCAAGAUUUUUUGCUUCCUCUUAACAAAAUGUUCUCUUAUUGCUAUAAAGUAACAAUUCACUCACACACAUACUUGUAUUGGCAUUAUACUCAGAAGGAAAAUUAGUUAAAUGUUUUGUGCAGUUGCAUCUGAAUAUUAGAAUAAGUAAAUGGUGUACAUGGAGCUAAGGCAUGAAUGAUUUUUGUAAGUUACAUUAUGUGGUCAUUUACUAUAUUUCGUCGGGGAAUUACAUCAAAGUCCUUUGUAGUUUUUAUUAUGAACUGAAAAAAAAAUUUUUAGUAGUGACGGUACAUUUUUCAGUUUUGUGAUCCUGUUAUAUGUAAUCAUUUUGUAGUGAAGAAAAUGAAAUAAUCCUAUUAUUUUUAUUAUUAUGAAAUAUUAAGUGAUUAGAUUACAAAACAAAGUUCACUUAGUGGUAUUAUUUGAUUUUAGGGUUUAUAUAAUCAUCUGGUUGGAUAAGUACAUUAUAAGAUAUGAUAUAUUAUAUGAUAUGAUGGAAACAACAGUUUUAAUUUUUUUCUUUUUCAAGAGAAAAAAAAAUUUGGGUAGUGCUAGUUUACUUAUUUGUUUGUCUGGUUUCCUGUGUAAACAAGUUAGUAAUGAAGACACUGCCUAAAAUUCAUAAUAGAAAACCAUGAAAUUGUAGAUAACUUGAAGGUACAGAUAUACUGUGGAAAACAUGGUCUUGGUUAAAUUGCAUUUUUCCUUAAAACUUAGCAUGUUCAUAAAUUAUGGUUUUACUUUAAGCAUCAUCAUGUGAAUGCAAUAACUAGUUAACUUAAUUGUUUUAGUAUUGUGAGUUACCUAGUUCUUAUGUUCAUGUUAUGUUAUGGGUAGACAAAAAAGUUUGAGUUUCAUAAACCUAAGAUUCCUUUAAUUUUUGCACAUAUAAGUAUAAAACAAACCACAAAGUUUAAUCUCUUGGAGCAAGUGCAAACAUUCCAUCUUCUUUAUCAAGCCUGUGUUUUAAAGAGUAUUUACAGCGUUACAAACAUUUGCUCCAUACAUAGUAGUGACAAAUAAUUUUCAUUUGUGGUAUGAUUGACUUGUGUGCUCUUUUAAAUUUUACUCUUUAAACAAAAUAUACUUAAAGAAAAUUCAUUACCGUAAACUGCAUGAAAAUGUUGUUUGCAAGCAGCACAAUUUAAAUGAGUGUUUCGACUGAGUGAUUGAAAAAAAUAGCUAACAGCUGGCCCAUUAAGUUUGAUUUUAGUCAGUUGUUGAUAAUAUAUAACCAGGCUUUUCAGUUGAGAUGGCUGGUUUUUAAUUGUGUUGGUUUUCUUUGUGUUCAUUUUCUGUGAAUGAGAGUUGCCGUGUAGUCCCUUUAGCUGAAUGUGCAUUUUGCCAAAAAAGGUGCUUCUCGCUAACCUCAAACAUUUAAAUGGCAGUGUUGCUGGCAGAUUAUUUCUUUUAAGCUUCGUUUCAAUCUGGUAUUUUUAGGAACUGCAUUUCGAAGGAAAAGGUUUAUAUUUUUAUAAUUACUUGUUAUAUUUAAAAUUUUUGGUUCACAAGUAACUAAAUUAAGUAUACAUUUUUAAAUUGUACAACAAAUACACUUCUGUAGGUUCAUAAUAAAUGCUGCUCAUAAUAGACUAAUGAAUCUGAUUUAGUUUUAUGGUAAAGUAAUUUUUUUUAAAUAUGUUACAGUGCAACACUGCCUUAGUGUAAGUCAGGCAUAAGUUAGCGCUGUGUUAUGGUUGUGAAUUUGUAUCAGUAGUUUUUUCCUCCUUUUCAGUGAUUCAGUGUUUUAAAUAUAGUAUUUUUUUAUUGAUGUAAUUACGUACUUUGCAGACCUCGAGCAAAAUAUUUUUUGGCCAUUAAUGCAAAAUGGAGCUAAACUUUAUCAAUACAAAUGUUGGCUGCCAUUUCUAUUCAGUAAUGAAAUAAAGUGUUGGUUGGUUGUUUGAUUGAUUGGUUACUUCUGCCAAUGAAAUGUUCCGUACAAUUCCAUUGUAUAUGAUGUAGUGUAGAAUUGUUUUUUUUUACAAUUAUAAUUUUUGUUAAUUUUUUUUAAACACAGAUGCAACUGUUUUUAAAGCUGGUAGUUUAUUGUCAUGCUAUUAUUAUGAAAAUUUCUCACUUGCAGUUUUCAGGGUAAUAGAUGACAGGUAACAUAUGCAGAAGAUUAAAAGACUGAAUACAAAUAAGCAUUGUCAGUUGUUCGUAACCAAUAUAAAACAUACAUGUGUAAGAUUUAUCUAGCUGGAAAUAUAUAUAUAUAUAUUUUUAGUGAAUGUUAUAUCUAAUUAUGUUUGCUGCAGGUACAAAUAAUCAGUAUUUUCAAUAGGAAAAUAAUUAUUGUUAUUGGAAGAUGACUGGUGAAGGGCUCUUUAUAUUCAUUGGCUACCAUGCAUCAUUAAAACAUGCACAGAGAAGCAAAGUGGUAGUUUACACUAAUUUUCAGCAAAGAGAUGCCUAAUUGAAUCUCCAUUGUUAAGGCCUCUACAGUUGUGUGUUAAGUUGUUGUACUAUGUAUUGCAGUGGUCUGUGUGUAUGUAUAUAUUCAUCUACAUAGCUGUAGUGUUGUAACAAUACGAAUAUAAAAGGAAAUGAGUUGUGAGUAAAAGUGUACUCUGAGAAAUUUUUAUUAAUUUUUUAUAUUUUUUUUCCAAAUGUUUGCAUAUUCUUUUUUUUUCUUGUUACAAAUAGCUACUGAAAUUCAGCAAAUGCAUACUUUUUUUUUAUUAAAUUGUAUGUGUUAACAUGAGACAAGUUCACUAAGAUGCUGUUUUAAGUCAAAAGAGUUUGAUCAAUAAAUACCAGCUUUAAAACUGUACAACUCAUAAAAUGGAUUUUGUUUGUAAAUGUUCUAAUUGUGCAUACCAAUUCUGUUUAACAAGUUUUACAUGCUUUUAUGUGUAACAAUGUUUUACCUGUCAUUAUAAACCAAAUAGAAAACAUUGUGAUUUUCUACCUUGCAGAUAGAGCUUGACUGAUAUUCAAUAAUGCUACUGGGUAUAUUUUGUACACUUUGUUACCUGCACAUCAUCCAGUUCUCAUAUUCAUCUGUAACUUACAGUUGAAUAAAGGUUUACAUUACAGAUUCUAGUUUAGCACAAAACUUGGUUUGUUUAACCGCUUGUUGUUAAUUUCAUUUAAGCUAAUUUUCACCGUACCUAUGGCCUAAAUACUAUUGUUAUUUGUUAUCAUGACAGUCUUGCUUGGCCCUCCUCACUACCUACACUUCGCUGAUAUAAUAGUAUACAUUUUAGUUUAGCAAAAAUAUGUUUCAGUUGUUUUAGAUUUCAAAAGUUAAGCAUGUAAGGAAAAUGCUAUUAGGAAUUUUAUGUAGUUUGUACUGAAAAAAGUCUUAAUGAAUUACAAAUUGUAAAUGACUCAGUGCUUUAAUAUUGCAGUCGGUCAACAUAUUUCUAGCUAAAAACUAAUGAAAUUGAUUUAAUGUUAUUAAGUAAGUUUUAAUUUUUUUUAACUUUGCUAUGUUAAAUGAAAAUGAUUGUAACUAACAAAUGAAUAUUGUUCAAGGAGUGCAUCCGUAGAACAUGGGUGACACUUACAAUAGGACUGAGCUUUUGUGUUGGAACAUAUUUGUGUCUCUCUUCUCUGAACAUGAAAUGAGGUCUUAAAAUGAAGCACCAAGAAAAUGUGUGGCUAAGUAAGGUGGGUAAACAGAACAGCCAAUGGCAAUGGUCUCCUUUCCCACAAUGUGCAAAUGAAAAUGGUUCAACAAGAGGGCUGCUUGGGGUUGCUAAUACUUGAUGCUCACGCAUACCUGCUGUGUUUUACCCAGCAUUUGGAAGGAAACAUUUCAAAGGUAUGUUUUUUUGGGGAAAUUUAUAGAAAAUGAAACAUUUUGUACCUAAGUGUAAAAGUAUAAUAAAACCACAAAUUAAAUUUUCAGUAGGGACAUGAUUCCCAUGCUUAUGGUGUUAUAGUGAAUUGACCAUUGACAAAAUAAUAUACAUAUAUAAAUACUUUCGAGAUACAAGUUACAGCGAAUAAACACCAGUAAAUACUGAUGGUGACAAUUUGCUACUAACUUGCAAAAUAGCACAUUUACAUGAUAUUAUAAAUAAUGACAACAGUGUUUGUAAGCAAAACAUUCAGAUAUUUACAUCAGGGUUGAAGGGUGGUUUUCAGUCUGGGAAACAAAAUUUUAAGUAUCAAAAUUUGUAUAACGGUAAAUGCUUUUAAAAUUUUAAGAUGCUUAACAUUAAUGUUUUUUUAACCAUAUCUUUAUUUAUAAUCGAAAAUGCAAUACACAGGGAUGUGCAAGAGUAAUUUUUAAAAAUAUAUGUAUAAAAAUAUAUACAGUGUAUGGAUUACACAGUGCCACAAUGGAGAAAUCUUGUAUUAACUUAUCAAAUACUUAGUCCACAUCCCUUCUUAUUAAUGCACAUCAAAAAAUAAAACAUUGCUCAAAAACAAAUUUAUUUUUUUGUUUUUGGCUUGUAAGUAAUUUUAAAUCUCAACCUUUUGAUAUAUUAUAUGUUACGACCAAAGAUGGUCUUCUGCUUAAAUAUCUUACCACUGAAAGAAUUAGGUAAAUAGCAAGUUUUCCAAAACAAUGCCACAGUUACACGCCUGGCCCUAUUUAUUUAUUAUUUUAUUUAUGUGCAACUUUGUUUGGCGUAGCUAAUGCGUGUCUUAGUUUAGAAUCUAGAUGGAUCUUUCUUACUCCAUCCUGCUCCCAUGCACUUCUCCGUUUCGUCCCUUCUUCCAUGAUCUCUCCCGACUUAACACUCCGCUGCUUGGAUGGCUGGAGGAAGCAAAGCCAGCCCUCGGUUCUCUUGCGCUGCCUUUACAUACCAAGGGACGAGUUUAUAUUAUUCAUUACGUUUAAACAAACCUUUUUACCUAUUGAGGAUCAAAAAAUAUGUUUGCUGAAAUUAGUCGUUAAAAAGUCACCAUUCUUAACGCAUUAAUUCAUAAUGUGCUCACGUUAUUGUUGCAGUGAGGGAAGCAGAGCUAAGGUUUUAUUCCCGCAGCCCAGCUGCAUUCGGGCUUAGGGCACCAGCAGAAAACGUGGAGAUAGCAGAGCUCCGAGUGGCUGCGUAAGAAGCAGAAAACAGACAUAGAAUGCGACAUUAAGAGUAGUGAGGUGGAGAAUGCUGUCCCAAAUAUAUAUUUUUUUAAUGUCAAAAGUAGGGUAACUGACGUAUCCUUUGGUUUCAUGGAAUAUUCUCCCCUGAUUUACAUUGACAUCAUGAAGCAAAUCAAGUUAGUAGAUAAACAUGUAUAAAUAAAUACUGAUAAGUUUUGUCUCACCUGAUGAAAUUUGGUAUAUAUAUUUUUAAUUUUUUAAAGAUGUUUAUUUUUGUUGGGCGUAAGAUUUUAUACUUAACAUUAAAACAUGCUCCAUAAAAAAUAACCGAAGUAAAUGUCAUUGUUCCUGCAUCUUCAAAGUGUUUGUCUUUAGAGAAGAUAUCCAAGGAAUAAUACAUGCCAGAAUAAAGCUUUGUAUUUAUGGUUCUGAUAGGAUUUUGCAACUAUUAGAAAUGGGCUGCAUAUGUUGAUUGGCUGGAGCACUUGCUUCCCAGGAAGGUUGAGUGGAUUCGAUUCCUUAUGAGGUCAAACCUGAAUUCUUUGCAAAUGGCAUGUGUGGUGGACAUGGAGUGGUCUGGUGGAUUUUCCCAGGGUUCUCCCAUUUUCAUCAACAAUGCAUUCUGUCAAUGCUCCAUUAUCAUACCACCUCUCAUCUGUCUUUUAUAAUUCCAAGGUCAGUGAGAAAGUAAGCCAUAAUUAAUUUAUUCAGUCUUAUAUAAGAUCUAUUAACCAUAGAAGAUAAAAAAUAAAAGUAACUGUAAAAAAUUAAUUUUAUCAAAGGGAUUGUGUGUAAGUUGGUGAUUAGUAUUUAGUCUCUAUUUUAAUAACUUUGUUAGAGGCUAGAAAUGAAUAGGCAAGAGUGCAUAAUUUUAUACAUUAUUUUAUAAUUCUCAUCAGUUAAUGCCUUAAAAAUGAAGGUGCUAUUUAUUGAGAAAGAAGCUUGUAAGAAAAAGCAUGAAUUAUAACUAUUGUAGACACACAACUUGUUGUUUAUAUUUUAUUUAAUGUUUUUAUGGACUAUUUAGGCACGGUUAUUUUAAUUUUAUUAUAUAAAGACUAUGUAUUUCAUCAGAAGAUUAUGUUGAUUAUGGAUUAGAUUUUGUUGUGAUAUAUAAAAUGGAUUUGGAAUGUUUAAGCACAGUGUUUUUAAUAAUAUUAAUAUGUUAUUCUCAAUCUUACGUUAUUUUUCAUUGUGCUAGAUAGCAGUGAUAGUCUUAUGUUCACAUAAUGUACAUUUUACGAUUACGCCUAAUUUGAACGUGAAUAUGCCUUUUUUAGGGGGAAGUCCUGUGUAUCUUGUUUCCUUCCUCCCUUCUAUCAAAAUUCACACAUGUGAAUUUUAUCACAUGUUGGAUUGGGCUGUCUAUGCAUGGCAUGGCUGCUUGUUUUGCAUUGCUAUGCAAUUAAUUUUUAACACUUCCGUUGAACACAUUUUGUUUUUUUAAUUGUUUUGUCUAAAUCAGUUUUGUAGUAUGGAAUUUUAAUUUUAAAUGAUUCUGUAUUUUUAAUAUUUUAAUUUAUUACUUAAAAAAUUUUUAAUAGCCAUUUUAUUCUCUAGAAGUGAAGUAUAGCUAAUGGGAAACGGCCAAGAGCAGUGCAUGCUAAAAUUUUGUGUCAUAACCACAUUUAUAUGAAUGACUCCGAACAAACCAAGUUUUGGGUAUAAACCAUACAUACAGGAUAUAUUUUCGUUGACAGUUGAAACGUAAUAGCAAUUUCAAAUGGUUCUACCUCAAUCCAUACAAUAUACCAAUAGUUUUUACAUAAUGUGUUUUAUUAAUGUUGUUAUAUGCUUAAUUAAAUCAAUUGUAAUGUAAUGAAUUACAUAAUUGCUACCACGAAAUGGUGAGCUUAAUUUUAUACACAACAGGUAACAGACGUAACUACUAAAUGUGUAUAAGUACAAAGUAUUUAGCAAAUAAAAAUGUAGUUAAAAUAACGACUUUCUAAACAAAUAACUGCAUUUUGUAUGUUAUGUGUAUGUUUAAAUGUUUGACUAUGUAAGUAUCUUUCUUAACUUUAUACAUAUACUACUGUAUACACUGCAUGCAUACAGAUAUAUUUCGCUAAAUGGAGGCAACAUGAAAUAAAGACAAUUCGAAGUGCCAGUAUGUAAAGAAAUUAAAAUUUGUCGUUGGUGUACCAUUUUUUAAGUGUAUGGUUUGGAUUUGUUUAUGAAAUUAACUACUCAAAAAUAUCUUUUUAAAUAAAACAUAAAUGUAGAAAAUAAACAUUUUGGUGAA